CAUUCAACAAUUCAUCAGGAAACAAAGAAGAAGGCCGGGAAGACGAAGACGGAUAAGUACUCUCAGUCAUGGCAUUUUAUCAGGAUUUCAACGCUGUCCAGGGGACGAUGGAUUUCCAGAACCAAUUCCCACAGGGAACUGUAGACGGUGAGAUUCUCUCUACCGGGAUCCUUUCGGCUUUCAGCACAAGUGGCUACUCACACGAACCACCUCUACUUGAGGAACUGGGAAUCAACUUCCAACACAUCAAACAGAAGACGCUGCUGACGCUGAACCCGAGAUCAUCGCACAUGACGAGCGAAAUCUCUAACGACGGUGAUUUGGCCGGCCCAGUGCUUUUCUGUCUGAUCUUUGCCAUUUGUCUUCUCCUAGCAGGGAAAGUCCAUUUCGGAUACAUCUACGGUGUUGCACUUGUUGGCACAGUAUCACUACACUGGUUCUUCAAGCUGAUGAGUGAUCUAAGCGUGGAUUUCGUCAGAACCGCAAGUGUGCUGGGUUAUUGCUUGCUACCUCUCGUACCCGUGGCAUUCUUGGGCAUUGCGAUGCCAUUGAACAACUCCUUGGGGUAUGUCAUUAGCGCCAUCAGCGUUCUAUGGUCGGCCUACUCUGCCUCAGGAUUCUUUGUCUCGAUGUUGAAGCUCGAUAACGUCAGACCACUCAUUGCUUACCCUUUGGCCAUGUUCUACUCCGUGUUUGUCCUCAUGGCGGUGUUUAAAGACUGAACGGCUCUGUCAGUUCCUAGACCUUUUACAUAGAUGCCCUUUCUAGUCCUAAACCAUGGUUUAUAACACGAGCAUCGC